UAAAAAGGACAGGAAAAAAAAAACAAAAUACACGGAAUAAGACAGAAGACCUUUUCUACAUUUGUUCACAUGUUCAGAAAACUCAAUAAAGCCACCAGAAACAAGAGAAACCAAAACACUCGAACAAAACAUUUUUUCAACAGAAUGGGUUUCUGCUUCUCCAAGUCACAAACACAAGAGAUCCCAAUCUCCUCUUCUUCCGAUUCUACCCCUCCUCAUCGCUACCAACCUCUCCCUAAACCAACAAAUCCUCAAACCCAAACCAGUACUUUCCCCACCAAUCCCAAACCCAAACCGGCUCCCCCACCUUCCUCCUCCGGUUCUCAAAUCGGUCCAAUCCUUAACCGACCAAUGAUCGACCUCUCAGCUCUCUACGACCUCCACAAAGAACUCGGCCGCGGCCAGUUCGGCGUCACGUACCGUUGCACUGACAAAUCCAACGGCCGAGAGUACGCAUGCAAAUCGAUCUCCAAACGCAAACUCAUACGUCAAAAAGACAUCGAAGACGUGAGACGCGAAGUCAUGAUCUUGCAGCACCUCACUGGUCAGCCGAACAUCGUCGAGUUUCGAGGCGCUUACGAGGAUAAAGAUAAUCUUCAUGUGGUUAUGGAGCUUUGUUCUGGCGGCGAGCUAUUUGAUCGUAUUAUCAAGAAAGGGAGUUACUCUGAGAAAGAAGCUGCGAAUAUUUUCAGACAGAUUGUGAACUUUGUUCAUGUUUGUCAUUUCAUGGGUGUUGUUCAUAGAGACUUGAAGCCUGAGAACUUCUUGCUUGUUAGUGCGGAUGAUGACUCUCCUAUUAAAGCCACAGACUUUGGACUCUCUGUUUUCAUCGAAGAAGGUAAAGUGUACAAAGAUGUAGUCGGUAGCGCAUACUAUGUUGCACCUGAAGUUCUAUAUCGAAACUACGGUAAAGAGAUCGAUGUGUGGAGCGCUGGUGUCAUGCUUUACAUUCUUCUAUGCGGUGUUCCUCCAUUUUGGGGUGAGACCGAGAAGACUAUAUUUGAGGCGGUCUUAGAAGGGAAUUUAGAUCUUGAAUCUUCUCCUUGGCCUACUAUAUCGGAAAGUGCAAAGGACUUGAUAAGAAAGAUGUUGGCAAGAGACCCUAAAAAACGGAUUACUGCAGCUGAAGCACUUGCGCAUACAUGGUUGACGGAUAGCGAAGUUUCAGAUAAACCAAUAGAUAGUGCAGUCCUUAUUAGGAUGAAGCAGUUCCGCGCAAUGAACAAGCUCAAGAAACUUGCCUUGAAGGUCAUAGCUGAAAACUUAUCAGAAGAAGAGAUUAAGGGAUUAAAGCAUAUGUUUAAAAACAUUGAUACAGACGGAAGUGGCACCAUCACUUUUGAUGAACUAAGAACCGGUUUACAUCGUCUUGGAUCCAAACUUACUGAAUCUGAAAUCAAACAACUCAUGGAAGCUGCUGAUGUGGAUAAAAGCGGGACGAUUGAUUACAUUGAGUUCAUAACAGCUACAAUGCAUCGGCAUAGAUUGGAGAAAGAGGAGCAUUUGCUAGAAGCAUUCAAAUACUUUGACAAAGACAGAAGCGGAUACAUCACAAGGGACGAGCUUAAGCAUUCGAUGACACAGUAUGGAAUGGGUGAUGAUGCUACCAUAGAUGAAGUCAUCAAUGAUGUCGAUACAGACAACGAUGGGAGAAUAAAUUAUGAGGAAUUUGUGGCGAUGAUGACGAAGGGAACUACAGAUCAUUCAGAUGCGAAGCUGAUCAGAUGAUAUAUUCAUCUAGACUUAUGGAUGCUUUGCUUCCACCAUUAAUAAAGUAUAAAAUUAAUAAUAAAGUAUCAAAAAAAAAAAAA